CAAUGGCGGAACAACCUACUGAAAAGCUUGCUAUUCCAGCAUUGGCAGCAACUGCCUACACCUCAAAACAACCCAAAAAAAGAAAGACAGACUUUCAAAAAGACAGUCCAAAAGAGAGUCCGACAAUAAGCGGAAUAAAACGCGUGUCAAUAUCGGCGAAGCGUUUCAGCGGUGGAGAGAUCUCCGGGACAGCAUCGGCCUCACGUUGGACUCCGAGCUAGCCGUUCUUCUCCUGGACAGUAUGACAUCACUUGAUUUGAAUGCUGACCGCAUCAAUGUAGAGGAGUUCAACGACAUUCAGAAUUCCAUCAUUGACUGGGCAGAUGACACCUUGUGCCACGCUGAAGAGACAGAGUCUGUCUCAUCUUUGGAGGAGGAGGAGGAGACCAGUGAUGACGACAGUGAUGCUGAUUACAUCUUCCCUUUGUGUGUCCGAACUGGUGGUGCCCUCCCCUCUACGAGCAUUCGCUUGGAUGCACUUCUAGCCAUAAGUAUGGAGGACACUGUGCAUGACUCUUCAGACGUCGGUCCCACUCUCACAGAUGCACCUGAGAUGCCAGAAAAGCUCCAGCCCCAGAGAGAAGAUGAGGUCAUUGGCCAGCCAGCUUCUAUUGCCUAUCAUCUAAACUUGAAGCUGCUGGCUGAGUACCUUCUGCUGCCCAUCCCCAUGUGUACCGCCAAGGACCCUGUUAACAAUGCAGCGUGCCAGGCCCAUGGACCCUUUCAGGUGACGGUCAAAUCCAGGGCCACAGCUGCCAUCAUUGAGUGGGUCUACAGCAGAACUUGAGUCAUUUCACAACCACAUACUGAUGUAUGCCAGCAAGAGAUUCAGUUUCACCCCGCCCGUCUAUUCAGCUCGCACCCUACUUGCUGGUUUGGAUUAUAAUCAUCAUGUCCACCGACCAGUGCAGAGAAAAGCUGAUGGCUCCAUUGAGUAAGUUCUUAAAAUUGACAACAGUAUACCCACUAAAACGGAAAUAUAUUAGUUUUAUAAUAUAAGGUCAAAUUUAUACAUGAAUAAUUAUAAUGAAUGUUGCCCUUGCACAGGCAGCAGUUUUGCAAAUUUAUCACAAAUUCAUUUUUCAAUAACCAUCUUUUCCUGUUUCGGUCAUAUGCUAAUUUCAUUAUGUCAGAUACCAGAAGCUGUACAACAAGAAGUCGCGGAAGUGGAGCCUGUACACAAUGAAGGUCGACAAGGACUAUGGCUACAUUCCUGACCUCCAGAGGGCCAUCCUCCGUAGCCGCACCACAGCAGACAGAGGCAUGCCGCGUGUGAGACGCCAGAGGCCUGAUGACCCGCGGCAGUAUGGUGUGCUAUGUGGUAUUCCACCUCCAACCACAGAGGAGCUACUGCACACACAAGUCAGUCGACGACAAGGGCCAAGGACUACCUAAGUGAGCAGCCGACCAUAGGAGAAGAUGUGACCCCUGCGACACCUCACCUGAGUCGACCCCACCUACACCCCUACUAUGGCCACCACUCAAAAAUACUGACCAGGGGUCAGACAUGUUCUAUAGGCCUAGCCCCACUGAAAGAUGGUGUACUUAUUUUUUAAUUUACCUUUUUUUAAACUUUUUUUGUGGUGUGUUAUGAAUGUUUGGGAUUGUCAUCUAUAUUUUUGAAUGUAAUAAAAGUGUUACCCAAGUGA